GGAAAAUGGCGGACGCUAAACAAGAUCACCAUAAUCGUACUCCACUGAGUCAGAUGAGCGCUGCUUCCAGGACAAGUAAAGAAGAAAGAGAUCAUCAGAGGAGAGCUCGAAAAGGAAGCGGUGGAGAAAUUGACCAGAGGUUAGCUCGAUUGGGGAGCGGUGGUGAGUCUCCUCGUGUCCGACCACGGAAGGGUAGUCACGGAGACUCGAAAAAAGGAGGGAAACAAGAUCACUAUCAGAGAGACAUGAUGGCACCUAGAGAGUCGGUUCAGAAUCACUUUCUGGAUCUUGGGGGAUUCAACACACACGUCCGAUUUACGACCAGUGUGACGGAGAUAAAACACGACAUGUACGCCGAGCACCUCCUCAACAAUCUCCACGGAGACAGGUCCAUGGAGACCUGUGACGUCAUCAUUAAGACCAAGGAGAACACGAGUAUAUUCGCUCACUCCGCAAUACUCCGUCCUACCAACAUUUACUUUAGGAAAAACCUCGACUUUAGAUUGUGCAAAGCUGGUCGGUACACUAUUGACCUAUCUCACCUCUCAGCUACUGCACUUCAGGACAUCAUUGACUAUCUGUACACUGGACAGUUCAACAUUGUGAACAAGAAGUUUCUGUCCAUGGUACUUACUCUCAAGGAGCUGGAAAUGGAAGAAAUCAUAGACCAGUGUAUGGAGAAGCUGAAGACGUCUCUGAGUGAUAAGAAUGUGUUUGACAUCCUGGAACAGUCCACUGGGGAUAUCGGAGUACUGAACUCAGUGGCUAUGACCUACAUAGAGGACAACUUCAAGACACUUUACAAAAACGACAGGAUCUUAAGGUUGAACUGGGAGAGUUUCCACAAGAUACUGUCCAGUGACCGUCUCAACGUUGAGAAUGAGGAUAAGGUCUAUCAGUUAGCAUUAGCGUGGGUAGCUAAGGAUGACAUUGGAAGAAAACCUCACGUUACCGAGAUCUGCUCAAAAAUACGGAUCCCCUUCAUGACAGACUACGGACUACAGAACAUGGUGUGUAACAAGAACAUCCUGACGAGUAACGAGGAGUUUUACAAUAAUAUAGAGACGUUGCUAGGCAACCCUGCAGCGUUGCAGGUCCCCUUUUAUCAGAGGGUCAAUGAUAAGAUGGGGAAGAUAUUCGUGUUUGGGGGGUAUCUGAACAGAUCCCACAUUACUACCACUAUGGAGGUUUACAACAGGCGUACAGGAGCAUGGGAAACAAUAGAGGAGAUGAACAUGACAAGUACACCACCCAGUAUCUACUCGGCAACCAUGACUUCUGUUGCUGUUGAUAAUAAGAUCUACAUCGCAGGGGGACAAAGUGACAGCGGCACGAGGUUGGAUACCACCUUUGUAUUUGACGGUAUUCUCUCCAUCUGGGCCAGUCUUCAGGAGAUGCCGACUGUAAGAGUGAAGAGCGCUGCUGCUCGCUUUGGCAACUUCUUGUACGUCAGUGGGGGACAGAAGGAUAGGCAUACCAUGAACGAAGUUAUCAGGUUGAACAUACACCGGGAUUUGUGGGAGACAGUGAACCCCAUGAUCCACGCUCGACACAGCCACGGAAUGGUAACAGCCGGACAGAAGAUAUUCGCGGUCGGAGGGGACAGUGGAACGGGACCGGUAGCGACUGCAGAAGUGUUUGAUAAGGGUACGGGGCAGUGGAGCGAGAUUGCUAGUAUGAGCAAUGCCAGGUUUGGAUGUCAGCUGGUGGCGAUCAAGUCUCAAGUGUACGUGACCGGUGGGUGGAACGGCCGGAGAGCACUGCACGAGUGUGAGAAGUAUAACGAGGAGAACGAUAGUUGGGGUUACAUCAGUCCUAUGGCUACAAGGAGAUACGGUCACAUGGCUGUCUCCUUCGGUAGCAAAAUAUAUGUUCUCGGCGGUCAACAGUCUGGUCCGUGGACUGCCAUAACAGGGGCAGGGGCAAGGAAAAUGAGUACCCACCAAGGCCCAGGCAUGGGCAAACCUCUGAAUGUGCAACACGAGGACGCUAUCGCAAGUGUGGAGUACUACGACGCUGUAGAGAACGUCUGGACAAGAGCACCAGAUAUGGGCAAUGCCCGGGCGUGGGCAGCUGUAGGAGCCGUCAUGUGAGAUGUGAUGGUCGGUGGAAGAGGAGUGGGUCACCAGUAGGGCCCGGAAAUGGCACUUCAUCAGUUGAAAGACCAGGCGCUUUUUGGUUGACAUUCGAGAGAGAAAUCACCAAAAUUGCGCAUUUGAAUUCUUUGUUCUUCAACUUCUUGUCUUUAUGUUCAAUUUUUGAUAUUUUGAUGCAAAGAACUCUCGAAGAAUACAGAGUUGUCUAUCUUACUCUUCAUGAUCAGAACUGAUAAAAUUGAGAUUUUCUUACCGUUUUAUUUUGUGUUACUUAUAUUUAUAUUUUAUUAAUUGUGUAUCUGAGCUAUCGGAUGGAAUUAUGGCAAGCUGUUUAAAAUAAUACUUUGUGUUGAAAUUGUUUUAGAUCUUCUGAUUGCACUUUCUGAAAACAACUUUUAAUUGUC